AUGUCCAUCACGGAGGAAAAAGCGUUAAAAUUGUGGGUGAUCAAAAUGAAAGCAACGGAUGAAGGAGCCAAGCUGGCACAGGAGCACAUUGAACUGAACAGAAAAGAAAUUGACGAAAUGAGUGUUGCACUCAUGCUCGGGAAACUGCUACGAGAGAUGGGUAAAUAUGAGCAGUCGUUGAAAUAUUUCCAAACUUUUUUGCAAGAUCCGCAAGACGAAGAUGUAGCACGAAUUUAUAAUAACAUUGAAAUUUGUCACAGGCUGAAAGGACACUACACAAAAGCACUAAAAAGUUUAGAACAUGCAUAUCAGUUGAUGAUAAAACACACACCACCAAGACUAAAAGAUUCAGCUAAUUCACUGUUAAAUAUGGGAAUUAUUUUUGGUGACCUAGGAGAGUACGAUAAAGCAUUUGAGCUGUAUUACAAACCAUUAGAGAUACAGGAAAAGUAUUUUGGCAAAGUACAUUUGGAAACAUCGAAAACUCUGAAUAACAUUGGCCUUGUCUAUGAUGAGAGGCAAGAUUAUACAAGGGCACUAGAUUACUACAGAAGUUGUCUUGAAAUUGAACAGAAACUACUGCCCAGUAAUCACAUUGAUAUUGCAACGAGCCUUAUGAAUAUUUGA